ACACUUUAAACAGUAAAUACUAGUAGUACAGUAGUUCAUAAUAUCAUGUUACCAUAAACAGAUAAACACGCUUUGAAUAUAUACAAAUCCAUUAAUUGCACUGUAGAGCUGCACAAUACAGGAAAAUAAGAAGGAACUAGAAGACUUGAGGAAGUCCAGUCUACCACUUCCCAUGUUGUCAGCCAUUUAAAAAAAAAAAACGGCUGAUACCAGGAAUCAUGAGAUCAUUCAGUGUCUUUCAAGCCGCAGACAUGGACCGGUUGUUUUGGCAUUCUCUCCUGCUCGCCCACCUGUUGGUCACAGCUGGCGAGGAUACAUGUCAUGUCCACAUAUCACAGUCAAACAACGUAAUCUGGAAGAAAAUAGGGGAAGAAGUUGUUUUCAAUUGUACAGUUAUUUCCAAGUGUUCAGUAAAAUUUUACUGGUUCAAAGAGAAUGUCCCUCUACGACUUCAUAUGAUUAAAAAGUACCAAGGAGAAGUGUCUUUUCAAAUUAAUUCACUUAAAGCGAGUGACAGUGGGAUGUACUUCUGUGCCGCAGCAACUCAGAAUGGGUGCUGCACACCGUUUGUAGGGGAGGGAGCAACUCUUGUAGUGAGAGAAAAUGCUAAAAUAGUGAUGGGAAAAAUCGUGUUGGUAUCAUUUGUCCUCUUGGCUGUCUACAGCUUGGCUAUAGUGAUGCUCAUCAUUCUAAAGAAGUAUGGCUGCAAUAUGAACAUCUGCAGAAAGACAUCCAAAAACGACAAGAAAAACGCAAAUAAAAAAGUACAGUUCCAGGACGUGCUGAAAGAAAUGCACAAGAAGAGAAACAUGGAGAAAAACAAUCAAACAGCAAGCAGAAGCUCUUCUGAAGUUGAGGCCUCGAGCAACGACCUGCAGCAUUCUUCUGAUGACAUCUAUCAAAAUGUCUAAGCUUCAUUCAAGGAAUUGAUGAAUUCAGACCUCCAUCAUCUUGACGGAAAGGAAAUUGUAAAGCCAUUAAACACCAGCUGGAUGAUGCUGUUGAGUCUGAGGAAACAAGCAAGUCUGCAAAGGAUAUAAGUCAUUUGUGCUUCUUAUCUUUUCUCAUGAAAUGAGACAUAAAAACUACAAAACCAGCGUGGACCAGGCGACUAUUUCCUCUCUAAACGUUAAGGCUCUUACACAACCCGCCUCUCACAAAGCAUUCGAAGUUGUGUUGGUCUCCACCGUGCUUCCACAGCUUCCUUGUUGCUCAUAACAACUUUUUCCAAGGAUUUUAUUUUCAGGGCUUUCUGCAACACAAAAGGGGGAUAAUUAGACGAUCCACAUUAGAGGAAUUACAUCUGAAUUUCACUUCUACAAAAAGCAAAAUGUUACACCUUUUAUUGCACGAAUCAUUAAUCACGACGAUUACUGGCAGUGAACUGACAUGAAAUGAUAAAGCCAUUUCUCAUUAAAGAAGUCAUGGCACUUUUUUGAUAGCGCUUAAUGUUUGUUACAUUAUUGACCAAGAAUUUCUUUAAAAUAUUCUUAAAAUCUAAUCAAAAACAUAAAUGUACCACGGAUAGAUUUUUUUUUACCAUUUUUAAUUAGAAACAACACAUUUAUAGAAUCUGAUACCAAAACAUAGAACAAAAUACAGCACAUGUCUGUAUGUCAAAUACAGCUUAUGUUAUCAUAGGAAAAGAGAGGGCGUUGUUUCUCUUUAGAGAAAUCACAGUAAACUUAUUAGAAAUUCACAUUAAGGCAAUGUUUAGCAUUCUUAGCCAGCUGUGAAGCAUAUCCCAUCCCCUAAAUCUCAAUACAUUUUACAUUAUAAUGUCCAUUCAUACACUGGAUUAUAAUCCUUAGAUUAGUUUUCACCAUUUACAGCCUUCAUUCAAAGACUGCAUAAACGACUCACGGACCGGUACCGGUCCGAGGCCCGGGGGUUGGGUAACCGCUGAUAUAGAUGAUAUAUAAAAGCAUCAUAAACAGACAAAAAAAUUAAACAAAAUAUUUUUUGUGCACAAAAUGAUCAAAAAAUCAAAGUUGACACUUAAAUGAUAGUCUUCAAGAAAUAACCACACGACCAGUUUUUUGUUCCAGAGAUGUGAAGCUGUUAACUAAAUACUUCUCUUCAAGUAGAUGCUUGAGUUUGUGUUUCAGUUGACUCUUUGAGGAUCCAGAAUGUCUCGACUAUUUGUUCUCAUUGCUAAAGCAGCGAUCUAACAUCCAACUUCAAUGUUUGCAUGAGUAAAGUUCCUUUACUUAAGUUCAUUGUUUACUCAGAACCUUUUGGCCUUCCGAACAUCCACCUUAUAAUGUAGGAUGCUGAUAAGUGUAGCUGAACAGUUGGUGGGAUUUUGUCAUAAAAAUAUAUCUCACACACUAAUUAUAAACUAACAAACUAUUAUAAUGCUGAAUUUGUGCCCCGCCCAACCCAACAAUCAGUAAAUGUUUAAAAAUGGGAAGUAAAAUACCACUUUUAAAUCAAAGUAAGUGGGAUAAAAUCUAGAUAUAUUUGCACCCAGAUGAAAAUUGCCAUUUAAAACAUUUACUUCUUUCCACUUCAAAUAUUUAAAGCCCCUUGAUUUGUUUGAUUUUAAGGUACUUUAUGAUUUACAGUUGUUCCCUGUUAAAAUUUCAAUAUAUUCACUCAUUUAAAUAUACAAAAAUACUAAUUUUAAAUGACUCAUUUACAGAUCCCAACUACAGGCAAUUAAGCCAGGUUCUUUGAAUACCGAGAAUACUGAUGUUAGCCAUCAAUACACUUUGUGUCAACUGUGUGACUGUUGCGAAUGGAAAACGGCCUCCAAGCCAGGACUUGCAGAGCAGCGACACACAUGGGCACCAAGCAAACCAAGUAGAACAUGGCUCUGUGGAGGCUCUCCAAGGCACUAAAAACAAGGACAAACAAAGUGUUGGUGUAGUUACAUUCAUUUACAGCUGAAUCAUCCUGACUGUCACAAUGCUAAUUACGGAAACUGCAAAAGCAUGCCUGUGCAUGUUUACUGUGACUCGUUUUUAAUGUCACUAUGAAAAACAAGAUUAUAAAUGGUGUAAAGAGGAAUCAGUGGACGUACAAAACCAAAUAGAUUUGAGAUAUUUCAAGAGUCAGUUUAUGUGCAAGGAAUCGCUGUGAGCCAAAAGCACUCUUCAGACUCCUCUAAACAGUUUAUGACAAGGUCUUGGCUCUGAACGAUGUCAAUCAGAAACACUAUCCCUAAUAUGGCCAAUCGUGCUCAUGGCUAUGAGCACAAUUUAACCACCCACUGGUUAAAUGUUAUGUUUACGACGGUUGCCACUUAGAAGAAAGGUGGUCUAAAGGGACUCUUAUUUUUAUUUCCACGCAGUGGAUCAAGUGAGGGCCUGUGAUAAGAUAUAUAACAAUUAAUUGAAACUGUGACACAUACAAAGCAACUGUAGGAGAGCCCAAGAAAAAAAAAAACAUUGUAGAUGGAAAACAAAUGUUUCAGUGGUUCAGAUUUCAGAAAAUUAUAUAAACAGUGACCUUAGAAAUAAAAAGGCCAAAUCAGAGAUGCUGUCUCUUGAAACUGGUGUUUAUUCAGUUGACUAUAAAGUUGAUUUUCUGCAUAAUAAAACUAA